GGUUGCUGGGCAACGCGCGUUCCAUCCCCGGAAGCGCGAGGUUCCGCCGGGCCAUGGGGCUUCGGGCAGUACCACCUCUUCUGCUGGUGUUCCUGGACUGCUGGGCCUCCGUGUGUGCCCAGGCCGGGGCCACGCCGCCGGGCCCGACGGAGGCCCUGGAAAGCACGGAGGCCGCCCUGACGACUGUUCGUCCCUCGUUGUCGCCCAGGCCCCCGGCGACUCCCAGGCACCCCACCUCCGGCCCCCGGCCCACCCCGGUCACGGACGUUGCUGCUCUGUGCGUCUGUGACUUGUCUCCAGCCCGGUGUGACGUCAACUGCUGCUGUGAUCCUGACUGCAGCCCUGUGGAUUUCAGUGUCUUUUCUGCCUGCUCAGUUCCAGUUGUCACGGGUGAUCGUCAGUUUUGCAGUCAAAAAGCAGCCAUCUAUUCCUUGAAUUUUACAGCGAACCCACCCCAAAGAGUCUUUAAACUUGUUGAUCAGAUCAAUCCCUCCGUAUUCUGUAUUCAUAUUACAAAUUAUAAACCUGCAUUAUCCUUUGUUGAUCCAGAAGUACCUGAUGAAAGUAAUUUUGAUAAAUUGAUGAAAACAUCUCCUGGCUUUUCUUUGAACGCAGAAUCAGAUACUUCUUUCACAAACACAUCAGAUGCUCCAAAGGCUGGUAAAUAUGAGUAUGGCAUUCCUGUGCAGACGGCAGAUGGAUUCCUGAGGUUCCCUGCGCCGCUCAUGUCAGCUCUGUGCACCGAUAACAACCCUGCGGCUUUUCUGGUGAAUCAAGCUGUUGAGUGCAGCAGAAAGAUAAGCUUGGAGCAGUGUGAAGAAGCCGAAGUGCUGAGCAUGGCCUAUUACAGCAGCCCUAAAAUUCUGAAGGUUCCGAAUUCGACAGCGAAGCAGGUCUCUCUGUCCAUGCGGUCCGUCAUCCUCCGUUCUCUCAACAAGACACUGUCCCGGCUGGACGGCCCUCGGGUGCUGUGGCCGGUGCUCACAGAGGCCGGGCAUAUGAAAGUCUGCAGAAACGUGGUUCUUGAGGUGAAAUACAGCCUCACGUAUUCCCCCGCGGGAGAGGUAACGAAUGCUGCACUCUCCCUCCUCCUGGGGACCGUGAGCAGCGCCCAGAUGCCUCUCCAGCAAAAAUUUAACAUUCACUUUAUCCAGCAAGCCACAAAGCCCGUUCCUCUCAGCGGCAACCCAGGUUAUGUGGUGGGGCUCCCACUAGUCGCUGGAUUUCGGCCGCAGCGGGGGUCCGGGAUCAUUCAGACCACAAAUAGAUAUGAACAACUUACUGUCCUUCGUAGCACGGCUGAGCAAGACUGCUUAGCAGUGGAGGGGACGCGAACCCCCGUCUUAUUUGGCUACAAUAUGCAAACUGGCUGUAAACUAAGGCUGGCCGGCACGGUCACCUGUCAGCUGGCGGCGCGGCAGGUCCGGAGCCUGCUGUGGGGCCGCAGCUUCCCGGAUUACGUGGCUCCUUUCGGAAACUCGCAAGCCCAGGAUGUGCUGGACUGGGUGCCCGUCCACGUCGUCACUCAGGCGCCCACCCUGAAGGACUCCUGCCAGCUCCCAGUGGCUUUGGUUCUGGAAGUGAAAUGGACUAAAUACGGCUCCUUACUGAACCCGCAGGCCAAGAUAGUAAACGUGACUGCGACCUUGAUCUCAUCCGCGCUCAAGACCAGCCCCGGCGCUGAGAGGACAAUUCUUAUUUCCACGGCGGUCACCUUUGUGGACGUGUCGGCCCCGGCAGAGGCGGGCUACCGGGCUCGGCCCACCAUCAACGCCAAGCUGCCUUUUGACUUCUUCUUCCCGUUUGUCUGACGGACAAGACCUGAAAGUUCGAGAAGCAGUUGGUGGGACGAGCUCAGAGUCGCGGCUAAGUCACCGGCCAGCUUUGUUCAGCUUGAAGCAAGAGUCAAGUGUUGAACGAGACGCAGGGUUUCGGGUGCGGGACGGGGAACUCUCCCAGCCAGAGAGGAGCUCGGGCCUUCCAGAGGCCUGUCCCCGCGGGAGCCACGCCAGGAGGCCGGGUGCCUAGCUCACGUCGCCCACCAGCCCAUGCUGUCUCAGCAACUGGUUCAGCCGCUCAAUUUCUUGCUCCUGUUGGUACAAGAGUAGAGGAAGGCCCAAACUGUGAGCCGUGGCCGCGAGACCUGGGGUACCCUGGGGCCUGGUGAGACGCUUGGGAAGGAGGUGACCCCUGGGCUCUGACUGAAAGGACCAGGGGCGCCAGGCCUGGUGACCGAUGGGCAUCCCCCAGGACUCUGAUUACCUUCUCUGUGCAGCUGAACUCGAGGUGUUGAAUCUUGGCCGCCAGCUGCGCAUUCAGCUGCCUUAACCGGAGCAGUUGCCGUUCUGAGCGCGUCUUAACGGAGAUGAUUAUCCCUGGAAAAGAGGCCUGGGUCUCAGCUCUGGAAAGAGAACCUGGCUUCCCGUCAGAUGUUCCCCCCAGGGAAGAGCCAUCGCCAAGGCAUCUGGUGUGGA